UAUGCUCGACGGUAGCACAUGUUGAUGGGUUUUGAUAGUGACGACAGUGAUUCAAUUUAAUGAUACCGCUAUCCUGGAUUAUUUAUGGGCUUAUCGUGACGUGAGAGGUGAGGGUGGAAAGGCCAAUUUAUUGUAUUAACAACAACAGGCCAUCCAGCAGUUUGCCGAUAUCGAAAAAGGGUGUGCUAUUCCAAGCAUUUGCGAUCGAAAAAAAGAUUUUGCGAUAAGUAAAGGAAUGUGAAGGUUUUGGCAGAGUUGUUUUAUAAGUGAAUGUGGAUUAGAUUUUGGAAUUAUAAGAAAUUAUUAAAUUGUUGAAGAAAGGUGAAGCUGUUAAUAUAAGUGGCGAAUGAGAAUAAUAUACAUAUAUAAUAAGAAGAAUAAGUGUAAUAAGUGAAAUCAAUAUUGUUCAUGAAAAACAGUGCGUACCAAUUAAGGAUUUUGUUGGAUAACAUCGUUGAAUAUCGCUGCUGAGAGAUUGAUUUGCGAAAAAAAACUGGAAUGUUGUGUAAUUUUAUGUCAAUGAUGAUGAUGGCGAUAGAUCUGCCAGCCAGGAUAGCGUCAUUAUAAUUCAUGAGAUGCAGAAAAGAAGAGAAAACUGUCGAUAUUGACGUGAUAGGAGGAUUAUACACAAUUUUGAAUUUCUCUGUAAUCUGCUUCCGCGUACUCGGGGUAUGUUUUGAUGUGCUCGAGAGGUUCUGCUCCGGAAACAGGAGGAAACAUCUCUAGUCGGUGACAGCUCGUGGAUCGGAAGCUCGUCAAGUGGAAGAAAAAGAAAUUUGAGCACGUUCUAAUGCGGUGUGUUUGCCGUUGCUAGCAAAGAGUGAUUGUUCCUCUUCCUGUACUUGAGGGCGAUAAAAAGAAAUUUUCCACAUGGUUUGUUGUUGUUCCUAAAUCUUUGGUUGCGCGUGUGUUACAUCAUCGACUUGUGCAAAUCGCAAAUCUUUCAUCAGUGCGUGAGGUAGGCGGUGAUGCUUGUGCAAAAGACCGGGGCAUCUUGCGACACGAUCAAAAUUUCAUAGGCGUAAGCGAAAAUAAAUUUAUCAUAUUGCUACAGAAGAAAAAGAAACCUAAGCAACAGUGAACAAUAUCAGUAUACGGAAUCGGUGCUGGGCGUGCUAAGAAUGUCGUAAAUUCAAUUUUGUCAAUUUGAUUUUUUUGUUGCUGAAACUGUUACCGUUUCCAUACGCGAGAUUCCUGCCAUCAUCGCGUCUUCUUCCCGAAGACCCAGUAUUUUCCUACAGGAAACCACAUCAAUUCGACACCACACACGGAACGACACAAGAAAUGGAGCCAAGCCGUACCAAUGGUGCUAACAACAAGGCAGGAACAUGAGCCAAAGGAAUUUAUAUUCCACCGGUAGAGCGAACGGAAAGCGUGUUGCAGAGGUGAUGGAGACCACAGUCACGUAAUAUUGAAAAUUAUGGCCGAGAAAGAAGCGAUCCGCUAUCAGUAUGGCUCGUACACCCCUCUCAUGAAACAAUCAAAUAAUGGAAUGAGUACUCUACAGCGGAGUGAGAUGAGUACCGCCCUCAAAAAUGGAACACAAACGUCAACAACGAUUGCGAUUAGCAGCAAGAAGCCGUCCAAAACUGGAUGUUGUUCUUCGUGCCGGGGGAAAAAAUCAUCCUCAUUUUGGGCCGCUCUGUUGACAAAUCUUGGUAUUUGUACGCUGCUGUUUGGAUAUACGUUGCUAGGAUCAUUUAUCUUCCUUGCAAUCGAGGGCGGUGCUUCACAGAUGCAACAGCGAAUGCUUGCCUCAACGAAUCGUCAGCUGAAGCCGUUAUCAACACGUAGCGAUAGCAAUCUUACUCUUUCGCAGCAACUGCUCCACGAGGCCAUAGAAGCCAGACAGCGAACCGUGGAGAACAUUUGGGAUAUCACGGUGUCACUGAACAUUCUCUACCGAGAAAACUGGACCAGACUUGCAUCUUUGGAGAUAGCUCGUUUUCAAGAGCAAUUAAUCAAACGGUUAACAGAGGAAAUGGCAUCCCAAUUGGACAACCUGUCACCAGCAGCUAGCGCCGUCAUGGUGGCACAACCCUCGCUACACGACUACGAGUGGACCUUCUCCCGGAGUUUCUUCUAUUCGUUGACGAUUCUGAGCACCAUCGGUUACGGCAACAUAGCACCUCGAACCACAUUGGGCAUGAUUGUAACACUCGCGUACGCUCUACUGGGGAUUCCAUUAACUCUUGUAUAUUUAUCGAGCACGGGCGGAAUGCUAGCGAAAGUAGCCCGCGGCGUUUUUUCCAGAGUGUUCUGCUGUUGCUUAUGUUCGAACUGUGGUUACUGUUGCUACGAUGAGAAACGUAUGGCGGAAAAGGAACGCCGGAUGAAGCGCAAACGACAACAGAUGGAGCUGCGAGCCCAGCAUAUUGCCCUACAGGAGCCUUAUUACGUACGUUCCGGUUCCUUGCACAACAACCUCCACUCGCCAGAGAAGCAGGUACCAAUGAUAAGUGACAUCGAUUCCAUAACUGGCACCGACAGCGAAUCACGUACUUCCAUGCAUGGUCUCAGUAUAUUAGCGCCCAUUUUACUAUGCAUUGCCAUGAUGUCCAUAUAUGUAGCGCUCGGAGCAUUUGCACUCUACAAGUUGGAAGACUGGCCUAUCAUUGAUGGGGUAUACUUUUGCUUCAUGUGUCUUUCCACAAUUGGGUUUGGAGACAUGGUCCCGGGCCUACGGAAAGAGUCCACCUUAACCACGUGGUUCUGCUCGGUCUAUAUAAUGUCCGGCAUGGCCUUAACUGCCAUGUGCUUCAACGUGUUGCAUGAGGAAAUCAUGCACCGGCUCAAACACGUUGUUGAAAUUCAGAAGAAGCUGAAACUGAAUGACGAUCACAACGACUUCCUUGCCUCUUGACGAUACGAAAAGAACACAAAUCUGUAUCAAAGAAAUCCCACCGAGGAAACAUUAAUCACAGGUACUCCAACAUCAUUAAUCUUUGCCCAGGAGCCCGAUCUGAAUCAAUUACACGU